AGCUGGGACUGCGAAGCAUUUUGCCUCUAGAAUGCAACUAUGUGCAGCAGACAAAUUAAGUAGCACAUGAACGGACACCAAACGGUCAACAUUAAUUUGCAGCGACACGCGCGCUGCGACCUCGUUAAAAGCUGAAAACAGUUGAGAAACUCUGAUGGAUACUGCGGACUUUAAUGAGCAGAGUUGUCUGCCUGCUACUUAGAUAGCCAGUUUGAGUGCCUCUUUUGAGCGUCGAGCGAAGCCCAUCUGUCAACAGCCCAAAGUGCUCUCAAAGGUGAAGCGCGCUGUCAGUGAAAAUCAUCAUCAUCAUCAUCUGUACCGAGUUAUGAUGCUGAUGCGCCGCGUUGCGGUAUUCGUUAAAACGAGAAAAACGGGUAAAUUAGAGGCUCUUACCUCACGAAAUUCAGCACUGACUCAAAACAACUUUUCUAACGAUGUUUUUCGAGCAGGCUGAUUUAAUCUACAGCUUUAACAUGAGUGAGGAAGACCGGCUAACUCUUCUGGACGGGGACUGGAACGACUCACCGGUGGAGACGCUCUCACGCGCGGGCUUCAUCGCUCUGUCCGUGUUCCUGGGAUUCAUCAUGACUUUCGGCUUUUUCAAUAACUUUGUCGUGUUAGUACUCUUCUGUAAGUUUAAGACGCUCAGGACGCCGGUUAACAUGCUGCUUCUUAACAUUAGCGUCAGUGGCACGCUGGUGUGUAAGUUCGGGACGACCCUGAGCUUCGCGUCCAGUGUGCGGGGACGGUGGCUGCUCCGGAGGCACGGAUGCAUGUGGUACGGCUUCAUCAACUCCUGCUUCGGCAUUGUGUCUCUCAUAUCCUUGGUGGUUCUUUCUUACGACCGCUGCAGCACAUUGACGGUGUACCAUAACCGCGGUCCAGACUAUCGCAAACCUCUUCUGGCAGUAGGGGGUUCGUGGCUCUACUCUUUGAUUUGGACAGUGCCCCCUCUUCUGGGCUGGAGUAGUUACGGGCUGGAGGGGGCGGGAACCAGCUGCUCUGUAUCUUGGACCGAGCGUACGGCCCAGUCUCAUGCCUACAUCAUCUGCCUGUUCAUAUUCUGCUUGGGACUACCAGUGCUCGUCAUGGUCUACUGCUAUGGGAGACUGCUGUACGCCGUCAAACAGGUAGGGAAGAUACGCAAGACGGCAGCGCGGAAACGGGAAUACCACCUUUUGUUCAUGGUUAUCACCACGGUGGUGUGUUACCUUCUGUGCUGGAUGCCGUACGGUGUCGUGGCCAUGAUGGCUACAUUUGGCCGGCCAGGAAUCAUCUCACCUGUGGCCAGUGUGGUCCCCUCUCUCCUCGCCAAGAGCAGCACGGUCAUCAACCCGCUCAUAUACAUCCUGAUGAACAAACAGUUCUACAGGUGCUUCUGCAUCAUGUUCUGCUGUCAGAGUUCGAUGCAGAACGGUCAUUCCUCCAUGCCCUCCAAGACCACAGUCAUCCAGCUCAACCGUAGAGUCCACAGUAACACUGUUGCCUGCACCGCUCAGAUCUCCACCAGCAUCCACAACCACGACUGCAGCACUCCGGCCACAGAGAGGACCAACCCUCCAGAGGUCACCACCUAACCUGAGCCGAGCCAUCAGUCACGACAUUGAACAUAACGUAGACAAUGUGGGCGAUGGUCAACCCUGCCUUGUUUCCAGUGCUUCUUUCUUUUGUAGUUGCAACAAUUAAUUGUUAAUUCAAAAUAAGUGGAUAGUCAACAAAGCAUUUUAUUGCUGAUUAGUGAGGUCUUUUCGCUGUGCAUGAAGAACCUUGAGUGAUCUCAUUUU